GAACAAAAGUUUCGUAUGAUAAAAGCAAACGUCUCGAUUAUAAGCUGCUCUUUGGUUCAUAAUUGCGGAAUCAGUGAUUUUUGUGAUUUUAUUUUCCAAUUUGAUUGCAAAAUGUUAUUGAAAAUUAAUUUUAUAAAAGUGUAAACAUACUACUCUUGGAAAGUCCUUCAAACGCUUAUAUAUAGUUGAUAUUUGGAGUGUUUAACGAGUGCUACGCAAAUUGAGACCUCGACGAGCCGCACCGUAUUAUCGAUUUAUGCAAGUAAUUUUUUCGUGUAUGGUCAUUUCACGGACAGAAAAAAUUAUAUUUCGUUGCGAAGCAUUCCACAUCCUCAAGACUGAAAAAAAAAACGCAAACUUAUAAGAGUAUAAAAAAUUGUGCAUAGGCAGAUCGUUCAUGCAUUUUACAAUAGUACUAUAUUAAAUUAAGCGUUGGAUAUAUGUAUAUAUCUUGUUUGUGUGUUGACGGCAGGGCGCUGGGCAAGUGUAUAAACAUAUUUACACAUGAUAUAAUAAAAGAAGGUAGUUCCACUUCAUGAAUCAUGGUUCCACUUGACUUUUGGAGCAGUUAAUGGAAUUUAUAUGCACUUCGUGUAUUGUACUGGCCCCCGUUGCACCUACUAAGAGAGCAGUUAAAAUUUUUUAUUUGCCAUAUACAUUGGGGCGAUACUGAUUUCCGCGGAGAUUUUCUGCCGAGUAGAAUACCGGCGGCUACUCUGUGUACAAAAAAAAAAAAAAAAAAAAACAAAAAAGUGAGAGUGAAGAUUGCAAUGGAGCAAGUUACACAAAGUAAACGCAGAUGUGGCACCCAAAGAUAUAAUUAUCUUCUAUUUGCUGUUGUGCUGACAAAUCUAUUCGCUGGAAGUUUGCAGGACUGCGUAUGGUAUGGCGUUUGCAACAGUGAUGCGUAUCAGCAUAAGCAAUAUUGUGUUUACAAUGGAACUGCGAAAGUUCUGCCUGCUGAUGGAUUGGAGCUACUUAAAGAAAGAUGCAGUCAUUUGCUCGACGGUGGCGUAACUGAGUUUUGUUGCGAUAGCGAACAGGUUACAAUACUGAACGAUAAUAUUAAAUUGGCUGCGAAUUUUCUCGAGCGCUGUCCGUCGUGUAUGGCAAAUCUUGUGCGUCAUUUAUGUGACUUUACGUGUUCACCCAAACAAUCAGAGUUUACGAAAGUUGCUGAAACUGCUAUCUCAGCGAAUGGCAAAGUUUACGUUAAUGCAUUGGAUUUACAUAUAACUGCUGCAUACACAAAUAAUACGUACAAAUCAUGUUCACAGGUCUCUGUACCAUCGACUGGCCAAAAGGCUUUGGAUUUGAUGUGUGGCAGUCAUAUGGCAGCGCGUUGUAGCCCAACAAAAUGGUUUGACUUCAUGGGCGAUAAAAAUAAUGUUUAUGUACCAUUUCAAAUUACCUAUAUACAACAUGAAAAUAAAUCAACUAUAAUUGAUGGACGUCGUCCUUUAGAUCCACAAACUACACCCUGCAAUGAAAAACUUGAUAAUAAAACUGCAGCCUGUGGUUGCAGUGAUUGUGAAGCAUCCUGCCCAGUACCGGUACCAGAGCCACCACGUCGUGAACCAUUUAAAAUUGCAGGAUUAGAUGCAUUUGCUGUUAUAAUGACUGCGGUCUUUGUAGUAGGCACCAUACUCUUUCUCAUGGGCGUUUGCCUAUUUCCCUCUAAGCGAAGCGAACUAGGUGAUGGUUUGAUGAAUAGUGGUGGGCUUUGUAGCGCCACAGUUAACAACCGAUUUACUGGUGGACAAGUGAGUAACGAGUUUGCACCCGAGGAGGAUUCCCCACUUCAAUCACAACUGGCCAAUGAUGAAAAUGAAGUCGACGGUGCUCAGGCACAACUUGAUGAAUAUGAAAUUGGUUAUUUUGAAAAUCUCGGCGCUAAAACCGAAAAGUGUCUCGAAGCCUUUUUCACAGCUUGGGGCAAAUUCUUCGCUAAACGUCCAAAAAUUACGCUAAUCGGUGGCAUUUGUUUUGUCAUAGCCAUGGGUUAUGGUAUCAAGUUCCUGCAUAUCACUACCGAUCCAGUGCAAUUAUGGGCUUCGCCACAAUCAGAAUCACGUAUUGAACGGGAAUUUUUCGAUUCGCAUUUCCAGCCCUUCUAUCGCAUCGAACAGAUUAUAAUCCACGCAGUCGAUUUGCCCGAUAUUAUGCACAACACCUCUAAUGGUCCACUGCAUUUCGGUCCAGUUUUUGACAAAACUUUCCUCACGCAAGUACUCGAGUUGCAGGAAGAAAUUAUGAAUUUAGGACGGAAGGAAAAUGGCACAGUAUUGGAGGAUAUUUGCUUUUCGCCUUUGUCAAGCGAGGGAACAAAGAAGGAUAGUUCGCAGUGUAUUGUGCAAUCGAUUUGGGGAUAUUUUGGCAAUGAUGUCGAACGUUUGGAUGAAACCGAUGAGGAUGGCGAUUUCGAGAUAACUUACUUGGAUGGCUUGUAUCAAUGUACGCGGAAUCCGUACCUUUGUCUGGCCCCCUAUGGCGGACCAGUAGAUCCAGCUGUCGCCUUGGGUGGCUUUUUGCCGCCUGGUGAACAACUUUCCGGCGAUACGAAAUACGAGCGCGCAAAUGCCAUCAUUCUCACAUUCCUUGUUAACAAUUAUCAUGAUAAGAGCAAAUUGCGCCCUGCAUUGGAAUGGGAGCAACGUUAUGUGGAGUUUAUGUUGAAUUACACAAAAACUCGCAUGAGCAAACAUAUGGAUAUUGCCUUCACUUCGGAACGUUCGAUUGAGGAUGAAUUAAAUCGCGAGUCGCAGUCCGAUGUUAUGACAAUACUUGUUUCAUACUUAAUCAUGUUCGCUUACAUUGCCAUUUCAUUGGGGCAUGUGCAGGAGAUACGUCGAGCGCUGAUCGAUAGUAAAAUUACAUUGGGUGUUGGUGGUGUAAUCAUUGUGUUGGCAUCCGUAGUGUCUUCGGUAGGCGUAUUCGGCUACAUUGGCGUACCAGCAACACUUAUUAUUGUCGAAGUUAUACCAUUUUUGGUUUUAGCUGUGGGAGUGGAUAAUAUCUUCAUAUUAGUGCAGACUUAUCAGCGCGAUGCACGUCGCGCCGAUGAAACACACGAGGAUCAUAUUGGUCGCAUUUUAGGUCGCGUUGGCCCAUCAAUGUUGCUGACUUCGGUUAGUGAAAGCUGCUGUUUCUUCCUUGGUGGACUCUCCGAUAUGCCUGCGGUGAGGGCUUUCGCUUUGUAUGCUGGCAUGGCGCUGCUUUUCGACUUUUUACUACAAAUUACCUGUUUCGUCAGUCUGCUAACACUCGACACCAAGCGGCAAGCUGAAAAUAGAUUGGAUAUUUUCUGCUUUAUACGUGGCAAGAAAAGCGACGCUCUACCAAACACUGUGGGUCUACUGUACAAGUUCUUUAAAAGUGUUUAUGUACCAUUCCUAAUGCAAAAGACUAUGCGUGUCAUUGUUAUGAUUGUCUUCUUUGGUUGGCUAUGCAGCAGUGUUGCUAUAGCGCCACGCAUUGAGAUCGGUCUCGAUCAGGAGCUGUCAAUGCCGCAAGAUAGUUUUGUGCUACACUAUUUCAAAGCGCUUAACAAAUACUUGAGUAUUGGACCACCGGUUUACUUCGUUUUGUCAUCCGGCCUGGACUUUUCCAAAACAUUCCAUCAAAAUCUCGUUUGUUCCGGGAAAUUUUGCAAUGAUGACAGUGUACUAACGCAGGUUUACCUAGCCAGUCGUCGUGCAAAUGUGACCUACAUUGCGCGUCCUGGCUCCAGUUGGAUUGAUGACUAUUUUGAUUGGAGUCAGUCGUCAAGUUGCUGCAAAUAUUUCCCCGAAACUGGCGAUUUUUGUCCACAUCAGAACACUGCCUGCUCCAGCUGUGUAAUCAACAAAACUGAAAUGCAACGUCCUACAGCGCAUGAUUUUGGCAAAUAUCUAACUUACUUCCUACGCGAUAAUCCUGACGAUAGUUGUGCUAAAGCUGGUCACGCUGCUUACGGCAAUGCUGUACAAUAUAAAACUAAUCCAAGUACAAAUUUGUCAACCGUCGAAGCAUCCUAUUUCAUGGCUUACCAUUCCAUAUUGAAAACAUCAGCUGACUACUAUGAAGCGUUACGUGCCGCACGCAAAAUCUCCGCCAAUGUAACAAAUAUGUUGCGUGGCCGCUUAAUGUCACAAGGCGUGCCGCUCGAACAAGCGCUUGAUGUCGAAGUAUUUCCAUAUUCGGUGUUUUACGUAUUCUACGAACAGUAUUUAACUAUGUGGCCUGACACACUACAAAGCAUGGGCAUUUCAGUGCUGGCGAUAUUCAUUGUCACUUUUGUUUUAAUGGGUUUCGAUAUACACUCAUCGUUGGUGGUGGUCAUAACGAUAACAAUGAUUGUUAUAAAUCUCGGUGGCAUUAUGUAUUAUUGGAAUAUUUCGUUGAAUGCUGUAUCGCUGGUGAAUCUGGUAAUGGCUGUUGGUAUCUCGGUAGAGUUUUGCUCGCAUCUGGUGCACAGUUUCUCAAUUUCAAUGGAGAAAACACGUGAGAAGCGUGCAGCGGAUUGCCUCACUAAAAUGGGCAGCUCCAUAUUCUCUGGCAUUACGCUGACUAAAUUCGGCGGUAUUUUGGUUUUGGCUUUUGCCAAAAGUCAAAUUUUUCAAGUAUUUUAUUUCCGUAUGUAUUUGGGCAUUGUUUUGAUUGGUGCUGCUCACGGACUCAUAUUCCUGCCGGUGCUUCUCAGCUAUAUUGGCGCUCCCAUUAACAGAGCCAAGCUGGUCAAUUAUCAACGACAGGCGUAUAAAGUGCAAGAAACAUCACUAUCUACGACGUGAUGCGAUUCGAUAAUUUACCAAAGAUACGAAUGUCCAUCAAGUCCAAAAAACAUCAUCCAAUCAACACAAUCAACAAGUUUAUUAGCAUUUUUUCAUCAAUAUAUAAGUAGGGCGUGUCUCGAUGGCGCAGCGGUGGAAGUAUGAGUAGCGUAACGGAUUCUGAUAUGAAAAUCAAUAGCAUCGUCGUCGCCAGUCAAAAAAUAUGGAAAAUGCCAACGGAGAAGAGUGGAGAAGCAGAAGCGAAACUUUAUUUGCACUUGUAACAGUUCAGGAUAUAUAUAAAAUAUAGGGUACAAAGGAAAUAUGUAUAUGUAAAUGUAUGUAUGAUUUUUUAUCUAAUUUAUCAUCGAAAGCGAAUGUAACAAAAGAAAAAAAAAAACAACGUGUAUGUAGUAGAUGAGAAAGACAGAACGAACCGACAAUUUUUCAUAGUAAUUUUCACAAUUAGCUGAUCGAGUGAAGAUGUUCGUAAAAAAGGCUCUUGUAAAAGAAAGCAACAAGCACCAAUAUUUACCAGCCUAAAUCGAACUCUGUGAUAAACUUAGAUACAGGAAAUAAAUGACAACACACAAAAAAAAAGCAAGAAUAAAUAAAUAAAACCAUAUUUGUAUUAAACAAAGAAAAAAUCAGAUAUACAACAUUUCCAUAGACUGGUGAACUGAAUAGCUUUUGCUGGAAACUAGAAUGUGUUACUGAGUUUAGAAAGCCUCUAAUAUUUUUUUGUUUGGCAUAUUUAUUCACACACAUACAUACAUAAUAAUAAUAGUGCAUUUUUUAAUGUACAUUGUCUACAAACAUAGCAUACACUUAGCAUUUAUACAAAUUGUUUUUUCGAAUAUUGCUUUGAAGCGAAUGGAAAUUAAUUUUUAACACGUCUCCUUUUUGGCAUGUUUAUGAAAUUUUGUAUACAAGUAUGUUUAUAAUUUUUGUAUACAUUUUAGCUUACCAUAUUUAACUAUUUUAGUGUACUGCAAUUUCAGAAAGGCCUUAGAACUUUUUCCAUUGUAGGUUAAAUGCACUUAAUUUCAUUCUAAUAAAAAGCGCAUGCAAUAUUAGCUGAAGCUGCGUGGUAAUCGACUUUAUAUCUUUUUAAACCGUUAUUCGAUAGACUGAGUUUUUAGUUUCUAUGUAGCUUUCAUAUUCGAACAU